CCCCCGCGUUGCCUGCUCGCCGCCUCCGCUGACAUCAUGCUCCAGUUCCUGCUUGGAUUUACGUUUGGCAACAUCGUUGGGAUGUAUCUGGCUCAGAACUAUGACAUACCAAACCUAUCCAAGAAACUUGAAGACAUUAAGAAGGACUUGGACACCAAGAAGCCACAUAGCUCCUGAGACGACUGC